AUCACCAGACUGACAUACCGGGAGUCCAGGAAUUUCGACAGCAAAACGACCCAUUGAUCACGGCAUAUUGCUUCACAUCUUCCCUGCCAUUUAAAUCUGACUUCAUCCAACCGGCCAAGCCGACCUUGCCUUGCACGAUUGCCCAUCAUGACGCGAGCCCAGCAGACCAUCUCCCUUGCUCUCCUCGUGAGCUCUGUUUACCUCGCCCUCUUCCUUGAGCUCGUGCCUCUCCCCCCGGCUGUACAGGAACAAAUUGUCCCCGUGCUACCCUUCUGGCUCCUCGUGUCCUUCGGCGCUUACCUCCUCGCCCGCCUGGGCUACAAUGUCAUGACCUUCAACGACGUCCCCGAGGCACACGCCGAAUUGAUGGCCGAGAUCGAGUUAGCGAAGAAGGACCUACGGACGAAAGGCGUGGAUGUCGAUUAAAGGGGAAAGCAAGAGAAAGGAGUAUGAAGACGAGAGUAGGGAGGGACACGGGGGCGAUGAUGGCUGGCCGGGGCAGAGGGACAGAGGGGCACAGGGAAGACGAGGCAUGGACCGGCCUGUGGAAAAAGAAGGAAGAACUAAUUCCAGCUUGUCCCGUCUAUUCUAAAAGUUCAAGAGCCCUAUCUAUGCUAUGCCUCUACCAGCUGGUUCUCUGGUCUGUAUAAUGUGAAUACGGCGUCCUGCAUCUCCUAUCGAUCAUUCCCA